AUGUUGCCACAGAAUUUUAAAAAGUAUUUUAUUGCUGACGACAAAUUGGCAGCAAGUUACGAGCGAGUUAAGGAUCCAUUUCUUACUACUUCCGAAGAUCUCUCAACUGCAGAAAAAGAAAUCUUCAUAGGCUUUACUGCAAGCAGCGAAAUCGAAAGAGAAACUAGUAAAUAUUCUAUCUUUGAAUUUUGGGCGAGAGUAAAUGAUGCAUUUUUUCCACUUAAAACAAGAGCAAUCCGUAUAUUAUUGCCAUUUUCAACAUCCCGUCUUUGUGAAGACGGAUUUUCUGUGAUGGCUGCUUUAAAGACAAAAUAUAGGUAUCGACUGAAUAUAGACGAAGAAUUUAGAGUGGCUAUUUGUAAUAUCAAACCUUCUUUUGAAAAAUUUUGCUAUGCGAGACAGGCCCAAGGGAGUCACUAA